AUGUCGCGCACUCCAAGCACCUCUUCACAAUCAACCAACGACACCGAACUCUCGUCUCAUCGAGAUCUUGAUACCAAGCUUUCUCAGUCAAGGUCGAAAUUUCGACGAUGGAGACCGUCUUACCAUCUUCAAGCACCCUCAGGAUGGAUGAAUGAUCCUUGUGCGCCUCAUUACGAUCAUACCACCGGCCUUUACCACGUCUCGUAUCAAUCUAACCUGGAUCUCAACAACGCCGACUGGGGAGACAUCGCAUGGCGGUCUGCUACCUCUCCAGAUCUGGUGUCAUGGACUCCCACUCAUUCAUUAUCUCUGAGUCCGGACGCAAAUUACGAUGACAAAGGCGUCUUCACAGGCUGCAGGCUGCCCAGCCGCGACAACUCGUUGACGUACGCCUACACUUCAGUCAGCGACCUACCUAUCCACCACACCUUACCCCACGUGGUGGGAAGCGAGUCUUUGAGCUUGGCAAGAUCGUUUGAUGGAGGCCGGACAUGGCAGAAGUUUGCUGGCAAUCCAAUUCUGCCCAGCGAGCCGAGCGGAUUGGAUGUGACCGGGUGGCGAGACCCGUUCGUGAGUUCGUGGCCUGAGAUGGCAAAAGUACUUGGCCUGGACACGAACAACACCCUCUUCGGAAUCAUCUCAGGAGGCAUACGAGACGUCACACCGACGACCUUUCUGUACAGCAUUGACGCAAAUGACCUUACGAGGUGGCAAUACAUUGGUCCCUUGGUCAACUUUGGCAUGAACCUUCGUCCUUCAAGAUGGUCAGGCGAUCUCGGCAAGAAUUGGGAAGUCACAAAUUUCAUGACGCUCCAAGAUACCGCCGACUCAUCUGUGACUCGCAACUUCCUCGUUAUGGGCACCGAAGGUUGUUUGCCGAGUGCAAUGGGACACCAAUCAAAGGAUCUCACAGGUCCUUCUCGCCCUCUUCGCGGACAGUUGUGGAUGUCCGGUUCACUCAAACGAAGUCACCCAGACACUUCUCCCGCCUCGAGCCCUGUUCAAAUGGAGUUUGACUUUGGUGGUCACCUCGAUCAUGGCUGUCUGUACGCUGCAAACGCGUUCUUCGACCCAAAGACAGGCAAACACAUCGUCUGGGCCUGGAUUACAGAAGAAGAUCUUUGCGACGAACUUCGUCAUGAGCAAGGCUGGAGCGGUUUGCUCUCACUACCUCGUGAAAUCCAUCUACAGACCAUCGAGAAUGUCGUCUCGGCCAGAACAUCCAAACUGGAAGCUAUCACAUCGAUCGAAACUGAUCGCAAUCAGAACGGUACGCAUACUGUACGCACAUUAGCGACAGAGCCGGUCACUUCGAUGGCCAAGCUGUUACGUCGUAGAGCUUCAUGCCGCAGAGCAAGACUAAGCCAGCCUCUGCCCCGUCGCAAUUCACUCAACUUGGCUUUUACCUCUGACGAUGUCCGAACGUCAGCAUGGGAGUUAGAUUGUUCCUUUUCCGUUGCCAGAAGCUGUCAGGAAAUUGGACUACAAAUUGUGCAUUCUAGAGACUUCACUCAAACUACCACACUUACUUUCUCCCCCAAGCACGAAACCUUUGUUAUCGAGCGUCCCUCUUUCACCUCGCCCUCGAGCACCAAUUUGAUCAACACAGCUCCCGAAUGUGCUCCACACACCCUGUUCACUACCGUUGACCCCUCAAAGAACAACCAGCAGGUUGAAGAACCUUUGCACAUUCAAGUCUGGCGCGAUAACUCAGUCCUCGAAGUAUUUGUCAACGGACGCACUGCAGUUUCAACAAGGAUCUAUGCUGCUGAGGACACGAUUGGAAUACGAUUCUUUGCAGACGACACGCCUGAUUUCGGAGGGUUUGACGGCACGGGCAUAUCGCAGCUGAUCUAUGGAACCCUUUGGGAUGGCAUCGGUGCAUGA